AUGCUCCCUUCCCGUACUCGGUACCCGCUCAAUCCGACGAAGUUAGAGCUGAAGCGCAUAUUAUUGAGGACACUUUUUGGACCGACCUGCUCCAUCGAUGUUCCCAGUACGUACCGGCUGACACCUGGCACACGAGCCUUUGAGAAAGACUUCUCGGUGACAAAAUUAUCGUGGAUUCGUCCGCCGCGUCCCAUUGUCAUCUGUACAUCUUCAUCUUCGACAGUGUUUUCUGAGACCAGCAAACUCAAGGUCUAG